AUGUUGUUCUCUGCCCCUCGUCUCCUUGUUCCUGCGCUCACUGCGUCCUUUCUGUCAGGUUUUACUGUCGCCGAAGACGCCACAUCCAGGGCCCAGACAGCUUUGGACGCCCUCCAGGAGUGGUACAAUAACUCGACUGGACUUUGGAACACGGUUGGCUGGUGGAAUGGCGCCAAUUGCUUGACUGUGAUUGCCGACUUGGCUACCCUGGAUCCAACAGUGAUGGAUACGGCGGACUACGUCUUCAACACCACAUACAACGUGGCCCCUGCCUCGAACCCGGACCCUGGCCCGGAGGUGAAAACAACCAAACGCGACUUUCUUACUCCUCGGGCUAGCAGUGCUGGCAAUGCUUCUGAUUGGCUUGACUCCGCCUAUGACGACGACGGGUGGUGGGUCCUUGCAUGGAUUGCUGCAUACGAUGUUACGGAAGAGACAAGAUACCUGCAUCUAGCGGAGGGAAUUUUCGAGGCUUUGACAAAGGCCUGGGGUACUCGGUGCGGCGGUGGAGGUCUUCCAUGGAACCCCACCAGUACUUACGUUAACGCCAUUACAAACGAACUUUUCCUAUCCGCGGCAGCCCACCUAGCCAAUCGCGUUCCGGCUCGCAAAGGUUACUAUGUGGACUGGGCACAGAAAGAAUGGAACUGGUUCGCGGCCCAAGGGUUUAUGGGGGAGAAUGGUACAAUCAACGAUGGACUGCUAGACAAUUGCGAAAAUAAUGGGGCUACAGUUUGGUCUUACAACCAGGGCGUUGUUCUUGGCGGCCUUGUCGAACUGAACAAAGCCGCACCAAACAGCAGCUAUCUCGAAUCGGCGAAUAAGAUAGCAAAAGUAGCGAUUGAGACAUUGGUUGAUUUGGAUGGGGUACUGCAUGACUUCUGCGAGCCAAAUGACUGCGAACCGAAUGCUACUCAAUUCAAGGGCAUCUUCAUUCGCAAUCUGCUGAUGCUUCAUAGCGUGUCCCCCCAUGACAGUUACAAGAAGGUUAUCACCAGCAGUGCGAACAGCAUCUGGGAAAAUGAUCGCAGUGACCAAAACAGACUUGGUGUUGUAUGGUCAGGCCCGGUUGUUAGCACUGUGGAUCCUUCUACUCACUGCUCUGCUAUGGAUGCACUGGUCGCAGCUAUUGCUGUCUAA